CCUGUAGUCAGUUUUUCGAAUCUGCUCUAACAACAUAUACAAUCAAUUUAGCGCAGCCCAACAACCAUGGCAGAUCAUAAAGAAAAGAAGAGGAAACAUAACGAGGAUGCUGGUCCACGGCCAAAGAAAAAGGUAGCCGUUCAAGCUCCUUCACAACCUAUACAGCCAAAUAUCGUCAAAGUCUCCUCCAUCCAGACGGCCAAAAGCUAUCCUCCAAUAAUAGCAACCUCUCCCGGUCUCUGUGUUCCCGAUUCGAUUAAAUUUCAGACAUAUAUAUCAUCGCAGCCUGCAGGUUCCAGGCGAAGCAAGAAGACAGAUGCGCACAAACCUAGCCUCCUCCUACAUUCAUCCUCACACAGCAAGUUAGAUUAUACGGCAAAGGAAGAUGGACCUGGUGGUCGGGAGUCGCAUCUUAAGCAUUAUAUCGGGGUUUUCGAUCCGAAGACGGGCCAGCUGUCAGUUGUAGAAGCCAAGAAGAUGGCUGUUAGAGGUACGGUUCGAGCACAGAAACCUCCAGAGGAAGAUGCAGAAGAUAGAAAAGCCUCCAAGACGAUGAUGGAAUUACGCAACAAUCUUGGCGAAGCAUUUGGAACCAAGAAAGCAAAGAAGGCGCUUGCUGCAAUUACUGAGAAUGCUAUUGCUCCAGAAAAAGCCGUUGCCGAUGCAGACGGAAACCCGCAAAAGCUCAGCUCUUCCUCCAUGGCACUAAUGGAUUCUAUCAACGACGUAACCGUAGGAAUGGCAUCUAAGGAAGAUCUUCAAGCAGUGGCCGACGCAGCGAAGCCGGUACCACCAGGAAAUUUUGAUGCCCAAGAGAUACAGGAUGUGUAUACUAUCGAAGGGUUGAUUGGGGGCGAAAUAUUGAAUGCCAUUCCGAUUAGAGACUGGCAAGAGCAACUUAAGAGCGGAAAAAACGCCGAAAUACCGACCAAAUUCAUUGCUGACCGAUUCCGGGCCAUUGGAGAAGGACCAAACCCAGUGCACAGACUUCGAGCUCUUCGGUAUCUAGAGUUCCUUAUCAAAUUCGUCAAGAGUACUAAACCAGGAAAGGAGAGAGGCACAAAACGGCUCCCGCCAAAAGACAAGCUCAGGGAGAUAAUGAAGCCUGCGCCAGAACCCGUUAUCGAGAACAUUAGGCGAAAGUUCUCGUCUAACGCAGAGAUGAGGAAGUUCCAUACCGAUUUGGUGUAUACUUAUUGUUGUGCUCUCGCGGCGAUACUGUCGAACUACAGCUUCGAUACAAGCUCUAUUAGAUACGACCUGAGUCUAGACGAGAAGCAGUUCGGACAGUAUUUCCGCGAGAUUGGUGGCAAGGUUAAAACUGCAAAGGGUGCAGAGAAAGGCACUCAUGUGCAAGUAGCGCAGUUGGCUUUGCCAUUAGAAUUCCCGAAGGUCAGAUAUCAACGCCCACGAGGGCGUUAAUACAUUAUAAAUAGGGGACAUGCCACGACGCCUCACGCAUUUCUAGCGCAUUUUAGAGCCUUGAGAAGUAGACGGUGGAGUAUUACCUUAGUAAUUUCAGAGUUACGAAUGCUUUACGAGUUACCGGUGAAUUUUUGUUUUUGAAAUAUCCUCACCAUAUCAUUCUGGACUAAUAAUAAAAUUGAUCAAAUAUAUCGUCAGGCGUUGGCUGUGCUAAUUGAGGAUUAGUUCUGCUAAGCCGGUUUAACGGAAAGGACCUGGUUCAUCGCCAUAAUCUAACCGGAGCCGGUGUAUAAUCCCGGAGCGGAC